AUGUGUCUCGAAAAGCGCAAGCUCUACACCGUCUGCGGUCACCAAUCUUCCGGUAUCCGACCCUGCCAUCGCCAGCGUCAAUUGCUGGACGAUCCCGAGGGACAGGCAUCGCCGUCCACUCCUUUCAGCAGCGGCAGCGGCGCCCUCGCCUCCAAAAUCUGUUGCUGUCCACGCCUCACCAGCCUCAUAGCCCCCCAAACUCAACCAGCCUCCUGCCGCCCACCACACCCCUACUUCACCGAAACCCGCUUCGGUUUCUGCUGCCGUUGCCAAGCCUACUACCGCAGCUCCGGCUUUGCCACCUCCGAGUCCGACACUCGCGACGACCAGGAUGUGGGAGGGGGGAUUCAGAAGUUGGAGGAUAUUAGGUGGAAGACGAUUAUGUGGGCUGAGGAGGGGAGAAAGAGGAGGGAGUGGCGGGGAGAGCUUGAGGAGAGGGAGAAGGAGUGGGAGAAGGAGGAGCGGGGAGAGGAAGAGGAUGAGCGGAGGGAUUUGCAGUCUGGGACUGGUCAUCAGCUUGAUGCCGCUACGGAGGCAGAUGAGGUUAAGCCAGUUACCAACAGGGCACUGAUCUCGUCGUAUCACAAUGUUCUGGCAAGACUUGCUGCCUCUACUUCCGAGCACCAAUCUAGCCUUUCCCGUAGUCACAGCCAGGAGACCGAUCUCACCCAUGUCAACAUUGGAGAGCACGACAACGACGAGCACGGGCGACUCAUCGAUGACAGUAUCUCCGUCGAACAGAACGACACCACCAACACCGCCGACCUGCAGCCCGAGUCUUCCAUCUCCAGCGUUGAAGACUUAUAUAACUACGACUACCACCAGCUCUCCGAAAUCCUCGAGGAGCGAUCCUCGCAGUAUACCAAAUCCCGGCCAAUCACUGCCGCUGGUCAGUCUCCAGUUCUGAGGAAGAAGACCGGCCUUUCCCCGGUGGGACAAUCAACCACGAAUUUCAGCAGGCCUUUGACGAGAAGCAAUCUAGCUCGCCUUCAUGAGAGUCAGGAAUCAGAAGAAGAAGACAAGACGCCGAAUACAUCAACCGUUCAAGCAACCAUCCGACCACCGAACACUCCUACGCCGUUCUCUAUGGCUGCGGGUGUUAACAUGACGGACAACAACUUGGGAAACUUUACCAACUCGACCCCCUGCUCAGAGUCACAGUCUCUCCAUCUCUCCCGGCGUGAACAACCCGCCGACUCACAAACUACGUCUGUUGUUACCGCCACCGUCCAAGCCCAACCUUCUCCCAGUGGUAAUACUCCCAGCGGUCCUCCUCCCAGCAAUGCUCCUCCCCCUAUUACAAACGCUGCCACACACUCAAUCCAAUCAUGGGAAAACUUCACAAUCUCCACCCCUUCCCAACAAUCCAUCCACUCAUCCUGGAGAGAACCUACAGAACCCAACACAGAGAGAGGCAAAAACGGGAGUAGAGGUAGCGUCACCCUCAGUCUCAACCAGCCCAUACUCACCACCACCAGCCCGAAUACCUCCUCUGGUCGAAGCACACCCCGCCUUAGACGUACGCCUCGCCUUCAAGGUCAAGGAACGCCUCGUCUUCAAGCUUUGAAUGAGGACAUCUAUCUCAGACCGGAGCAAGUUGAUGAUGGUAGUGGUUCUGGACUCGCAGCGUCUGUUUUUGGGGAGUUGUCUGCGGGGAUUGUGGAGAAGGAGGACGAGGAAGGGAAGGGGAAGGAGGGGGAAAAAGAGGGGUGAAAGGGUUCCAUUAGUUACGGAAGGAGGAGGUGGGGGGAAAGGUCGGGUGUAGUAAGACGUAUUCAGGUAGGGAAGGUGCCACCG